AAACAGCAAGGCCAGCCGUCAUUCAUAAUCCGGCGGACCGGAAAAAGAAGUGAGGCGGCUGGUGUCGGGACCAGUUCGGAAGGGGCUACAGGGAAAGGACAGAGUAGCGGGGCGGAGCGGUGUUUGCAAUGGCUGCUACUGUGAACUUGGAACUUGAUCCCAUUUUUUUGAAAGCACUAGGCUUCUUACAUUCAAAGAGUAAGGAUUCUGCCGAAAAGCUAAAAGCAUUACUUGAUGAAUCUUUGGCUCGGGGCAUUGAUUCAAGUUACCGUCCAUCUCAAAAGGAUGUCGAACCACCCAAGAUUGCAAGCACAAAAACUGUUUCUAUUAAGCAAGAGCCCAAAACAUCAUCCAGUCUUCCUUCUGGCAAUAAUAAUGGCAAGGCUCUCACAACCGAAAAGGUAAAGAAGGAAACUGAAAAGAGACCUGCUGAUAAGAUGAAAUCAGAUACCACUGAAGGAGUUGAUGUUCCAAAGAAACCUAGACUGGAGAAACCAGAAACACGGUCCUCUCCCAUUACUGUGCAAACCAGCAAGGAUUUAGCUAUGGCUGACCUUUCCAGUUUUGACGAGACCAGUGCUGAUGAUUUUGCCAUGGAGAUGGGAUUGGCCUGUGUUGUUUGUAGGCAAAUGACAGUGGCAUCUGGUAAUCAAUUAGUAGAAUGUCAAGAGUGCCAUAAUCUCUACCACCAAGAUUGCCAUAAACCCCAAGUGACAGACAAGGAGGUGAAUGACCCUCGCCUUGUAUGGUAUUGUGCCCGAUGUACCAGACAAAUGAAAAGAAUGGCACAAAAAACUCAGAAACCACCCCAGAAACCAGCCCCCGCAGUUGUUUCUGUAGCUCCCGCUGUCAAAGAUCCAUUGGUUAAGAAACCAGAAACUAAACUCAAACAAGAGACAACUUUUCUAGCAUUUAAGAGAACAGAAGUCAAGACAUCCCCGGUUAUUUCAGGAAACUCUUCUAGUACCAAUGUUUCCUCUUCAGUAACUGGUGGCCUAACGGCAUGGGCAGCUUUUGCUGCCAAAACUACUUCUGCUGGUCCAUCAACAGCAAAAUUGAGUUCAACAACCCAAAACAAUAGUGGGAAACCUGCUACCUCAUCAGCUAACCAGAAGCCUGUGGGUUUGACUGGUCUGGCAACUUCAUCCAAAGGUGGAAUAGGUUCCAAAUUAGGUUCCGGUAACAACACUUCACCCACUGUACCAUUGAAACCACCUCCACCUCUAACUUUGGGCAAAACUGGCCUUAGUCGCUCAGUUAGUUGUGACAAUGUUAGCAAAGUAGGUCUUCCUAGUCCAAGCAGUUUAGUUCCAGGAAGCAGCAGCCAACUAAGUGGAAAUGGAAAUAGUGGGACAUCAGGGCCUAGUGGAAGUACCACCAGCAAAACCACUUCAGAAUCAAGCAGCUCUUCCUCGGCAUCCCUUAAAGGUCCAACGUCACAAGAAUCACAGCUCAAUGCCAUGAAGCGAUUGCAGAUGGUCAAGAAGAAAGCUGCCCAAAAGAAACUCAAGAAGUAAUGUGGCCGAGUAGGUUAAUGUCACAUUACCCUAAGAUUAAAAUCUUAUUAUUAGGACAUAAAUUGUAAUAUACUAUAAUUUAAUAAAAAUCUUCAUAAUGAAA